ACCCCUGGUGCCAGCGCAUUUCUUGUUUGUGCUCUGAGUGACACGACAGGAGAGGCCAUCGAGUCAGCUGCGCUGCUCUGGGAGUCUGCCGGCCACGGCCCACAACAGGUUAACGCCAAGCGCCAGGCUAAGCAGAUUUACAAAUAGACGCGACCCCCCUCCCCCACCCUCCUCCGAGCACGGGCGCCAUGCAGGAGCCGCCAUCUGCACACACAGCCAGGAAGAGGAGCGCCGAGUGUGCGCCCGACAGCCCCUCCAAGCGCAGGCUGUGCUGGGGCCUCCUCACCAGUCAAGGUUCCUGGGCGGACCGCUCACCUCUGCAUGAAGCUGCCAGUCAGGGGCGCCUGCUGUCCCUCAAGACACUGCUCUCCCAGGGCUACAGCGUGAACAUCCUGACAAUCGACCAUGUCACCCCUCUGCACGAAGCCUGCCUGGGAGGCCACAUUGCGUGUGCUCGUGCCCUGCUGGAGGCGGGUGCCAAUGUGAAUGCUGGCACAAUCGAUGGCAUAACCCCACUCUUCAAUGGCUGUUCUCAUGGAAGUACCGCCUGUGUCGAGCUGCUCCUGGACUAUGGUGCCAGUGUACUGUGUGACAUGUGCCAGCCUUCACCACUGCAUGAGGCCACUAGGAAGGGAAAGACGGACUGCGUGGAAGCCCUGCUGUCGUGGGGCGCAGAUGCCGACCUCGAGAUUCCUCACUUGGGGACGCCGCUCUACCUGGCCUGCGUCUUCCAGCACCUGCACUGUGCCAGCAAGCUACUUGAUGGAGGCGCCCAAGUUCAGAAGGGCCGAUUCCUCGACACGCCACUUCACGCUGCGGCCCAGCAGAGUAGCCUCGAGAUGGUCCAACUGCUGCUGGACUUCGGGGCCGACAUCAACGCCAGAAACAUGGACCUCAAGAGGGCCGCGGAGGUGGCUGCCCCCAGCAGCGUGAUGGAGGGUUACCUGUUGAUGCACGAAGUGACCCCGUCCUCCCUGCUCCAGAUGUGCAGACUGAAGAUUCGCCAGAGCCUGGGACGGGCGCGGCUGCACCUUAUUCCUCAGCUUCAGCUGCCCACCUCUCUGCAGAACUUCCUGCAGCACCGAUAGCGAAGGACCUCUGGGUGGCACCGCCAGCUGCCUCGCCCGUGUCCUGACUUGGGGAGCUACGGGAUCAAGCGAGGUGCUGGGCACUCCGUUGGCAGGCCGAGGUCCCCCCGGUGAUUGCCAACAUGCAACGGGCAUGUAGUGCAUGUGACAUCCAGAGGGCUGGCAUGUGCCAAGGACUGAUGGGCAAAGC